UAAGGCCAGUCACAGUCAGCCAGCUUGUCGACAACUUUGACGGCGUUUUUAAGAAGUCUUGGUGGUAAUUUAAACCGACACUUGGCGUAAAUAAGUUAGUUUAACUGGUGAAACGUUGGGACAGCGUGCGACUCGAGGCAAAGCGGAGGGAUACAAGCCAACAAGAGGGCGGUCUAAAAGCCCCGCCCACUUCCCCGCAGCUCACCUUCUCUGCCGCCACCCGAUUGGCCGUAGCGACGCGGAAGCCUCGCUCCUAUUGGUCCGGGCUAGCUGUCAAUCACUGCGCGGCGCCUCCUCAGGACGAGCCUCGGCUCCAUUUGCAGUGUAACUAAAUAGUUACGCCGCGCUUCAAGUCGGGGACAAUUUGAUCGCUCGCAGCCGGGGCGCGCUCGGCGGGACGAAGCACACUCGGCGACCGCGACUUGGGACGGUUUGAGCGGGCGUUGGACGCACCGAGACCUCGCUCGCCUCCUUCGGCAGAUGCGGAUGCUCCUUUGGCCCGGAGCCGGCCAGCUGAGGUGAAGGCGAGGGCACAGUGUGGAUGAGCCGCUGGGGGAACGAGGACCAUGAUCUGAAGGCUCGCUCGUCCUCUCUUCUUUCUCCGUCCUCAUCAUUGAAUAAAAAGCUCCCACGUCCGGCAGGAAGUGUUUAAACGUGCGAGCAGGAAGUGGAAGAAGAUUUAGCCAUCACCCCUGAGCCCCCCCAGCUGCAACACCACCAACAUGGGGAGGAAAAAGAUUCAGAUUCAGAGGAUCACCGAUGAGCGCAACAGACAGGUGACCUUCACCAAAAGGAAAUUCGGCCUGAUGAAGAAGGCAUAUGAGCUGAGCGUGCUAUGCGACUGCGAGAUUGCCCUCAUCAUCUUCAACCACUCCAACAAACUUUUCCAGUACGCCAGCACCGACAUGGACAAGGUGCUGCUGAAGUACACGGAGUACAACGAGCCGCACGAGAGCCGGACCAACGCCGACAUCAUCGAGACAUUGCGAAAGAAAGGCUUUAACGGCUGCAACAGCCCCGAGCCUGACGGCGAUGACUCCAUCGACCAAAGCCCACUAAACGACGACAAGUACCGCAGCAAGACGGAAGACCUGGACACCCUCUUCAAGCGCUACGGCGCCGCCGUCCCACAGCCAACCUUCUCCAUGCCUGUUACCGUACCGGUAUCCAAUCAGAGUGCCCCACCGCCGCAGCCAACCACCCUCCAUUUCAGCAACAACCCGGGCGGCACCCUGGUCACCACCACCUCCUUCGUCAACGCCGCCCUGUCAGAUCCCCGUCUGCUUUCGCCACAGCAAACCGCCCUGCAGAGGAACAGCGUCUCCCCUGGACUGCCGCAGCGACCUGCCAGCGCAGGUGCCCUCCUCGGAGAUCUGGGAAACUCCAACGGAGCGUGCCCGAGUCCAGUCCCUAACGGCUACAUUAGCGCCCGGGCCUCGCCGGGCCUGCUGUCCAUCUCCAAUGGCAACAACAGCAACCUGGUCAAGGUGGUCCCGGCCAAGUCUCCGCCUCCUGCCAGUCCUCAGAUGGUCAGCGCUCGCAAGCCAGACCUCCGGGUCAUCACGUCACAUGGCAGCAAGAGCCUCAUGCAGCUAACAGACGAAGAACUGGACCUGGUCAGCGAGAAUGCUCAACUGCUAGGCAGCUCCCAGGUGCCGCAGCCCCUCACCACCCCAGUGGUUUCUGUGGCGACUCCCAGUCUCCUGGCGCCCUUCUCCGCCAUGCAAACGCCCUACAACACUGAGUACCAGCAGACGAGCGCGGACCUGACGGCCCUGCAGACGUUCACGCCGGCGGGCCUGGUGCCUGGUAACAUGGCUGCUUGGCAACAGCAACAGCAGCUGGCCGUUGCCCAGCAACAGACGGCGCCGCCCAUCAGCCUGGCGUCACUCACCAACCUGGUGCCGAUGGCUCCUCUCCCUCAGGGCACGGCACUGACCAUCAACACCAACCCUCACGUCAACAUCAAGUCCGAGCCAGUGUCACCCAACCGGGACCGCAGCACCCCCUGCCCCACUUUGGGCGGGGGUGGCGGCAUUCAAAUCCACGGGCAGGUGGCGCCGUCGUACCCCGCCACCUUGCGCCUGGAGGCGGUAGGCCAAGGCCGCUCUCCCGUCGACAGCCUGAGCAGUAACGGCAGCUCCUACGACGGCAGCGACCGGGACGACGCCGCCGGCCAGGGUCGGGGCGGAGGAGGAGUGUGCGGCGGCGGCGGCGGCGGCGGGGCUCCGGACUUCCACCUCCACCAGCAGGCCGGCGUCCAGCAGCCCACCAUGGUGCUGCUGCGGCCCGCCUCGGCCGAGCCUCAGGAGCAGGACAACGUGAAGAGGAUGAGGUUGGACGCGUGGGUCACAUAAAGCCCUCGUGCCAUGCCGGGCUGGGCCGGACAGAACCAGUUGAGGCCCGUACCCAAACCCCAUUAACACACACCAGCCCCAGAACUCCUCCACACACACACACACACACACAAGCAUGCUUAACACUUUUGCACACACACUAACGUUCACAGUCACUACUCACAGCAAGGGCUUUGGCGUGAAGUUUCAGAAUGAACCUAAAAUGCACUAUAACCUUUUCCGGUGAACUUAAUUCUGACCUUCGAACUUUUCGAAUGUCCAACUGUUCAUCGAUUCCGUAUUCUUUGCAAAACUUUUUGUUCCCUAACCAGGAGCUGAAUUUUGUGUAUUUAUUGUUUUGUUUUGUUUUUGAAAUUCUGUUCACUUUUAAGCCUUUCUGUGACUCUUCCAGUCUCUCCGUUGCAACGUGCUGAAGACACUGUAUGACGGUCACAGCUAAGUGGCCACUUCACUCCACUCCAACGUCCUGUUCAAAGCCGAGCAAUGGCGUAAAAUGAAAAAUGUUACUUUAUUUGUGUAAGAUUUUGACUUUUUUCAGGUAUGCUUACCAUACUUUCCUCCCAAAAAAUAAUGUUAAAACCUCAUUGACCAAAAAAAUACAUAUAUUUUAGUUUCAUUAAACAACAAAAACUAUCAAAUAUUUGUAUUCUUGUAAGAUUAAAAGUAAUCUUGGUGAAAUAAAACUUUACAAAAUGUGGUUUUAUUCUGAUAAAUAUGCUUUUAUUCGGAUAAGAAUGAUAAAGAAAUUAACUUAAAUUAAUUAUGACUAUUGUAGGGUGAGUUUUGUAUUGGCCAGUAAAUUUAUAGUCAUCAGCAGGUUUGCAACAGAGAUACAGAGAGACUGGAAGAGUCACGGAAAGAUAAAAAAAGUGGACAUCCUUGGAAAUGUAUGAGGGUUAGGAAAACAUUUUAUUCUCAUAAAAGAUAAAAACUAUUACAUUUUAUUGUACUUUAUUCUAAAAAGAAUACUUUUAGUUUGUAUUUUUUAAUACAAUUUUGUUUUCUGGGAGAAAAAAAGUAUUGUAAAAUUACAAGUUUACUAUGGUGAGAUUACGAUGGUUACUGGUCUUAUCAAUAGGUUGCAACAAAGAUACUGGAAGAGUCACAGAAAGGCAAAGAAGUGUACAUUGUUGAAAAUGUGGCUCAAAUACCUGUGAGUUUUGCUCUUCAGCUCGUUGUUACAGAACAGCAGCUUGUGCAAAAAAGUACUGAAACAUUGAACAGUUCGAAAUGUCAAAGUAUACAGAAGGUCAAAAUAGAUUCACCUGUAAAGGUCAUAUAGUGCGUUUUAAGUUCAUCCUGACAUUUGACCUCAAAGUUCAAUAUCAGUUUUUGUGAUCACAUUUGCGGGUAGACUUCUAUCCCCUUAUUCCGUAUCGGUACCUUUCACAUGCGGCAGCAAGCCAGGAAGAAGCCAGUUUUAAUGGGUAGUGUUAAAGGGGCUAACGAGGUUUCCCAGCAUGCCUUGCGUGUGCCACUAUUGCGUCUGCGUGUCUCCGGAGUUUAUCAAGUAAAUGAAGGAAAAGUGUGCCCCACACUCACGGUCAAGAAGACCCCCCCCGAUACAAGACUGACGACCCUCACGAGUUUUAGACCGCUUUAACGCUUUACGGUUUGUAAGUGAGGUGGUUUUGAGUCCAAGUGUCCCAAAAUGCAUCGCAACAAACCAUGUGGCAUAGCUCUCUUCUUUGAUUGGUCAAAAGAAAGUCAACAAAAUGUUGGUUUACCGUACUGACUACAACACAAAAUGCACACCAGGAAAUAGCCCAGGUUCAGUUUCAAAGAUGAGUCCCCGUGAAUAACCAACUUCCUUUUCAGUUUGGGACACGAUUCACUCGGAAUGGCAAAAUUCCUGUUCAAUGUCACGCACAAUUCCCCUUAAAGGGCCGCUUCAAACCAAGACAACUGACUUCCAUAAUUUAAGAGACGAGUCUACUUCCUGUUAGAUUUGGGACGUAAGUCCCCCCAAAAAUGGCCGACUUCGUGUUAGACUUCAGGCACGAGCAGCCGACUUUUUCAAUUUCAGGCACGACUCGCCUAAAAUGGCCGACUUCCUGUUCAAUCGCAAUCUUGAGUCCCCCCCCAAAAUGGCCACCUAUACUGUAUUCAAUUUUGUCCCAAAUACCCAAUACCUUUUCGUGACCAAUUUCCCAGAAUUUAGCACUACAACGUCUUCCUGUUUGCACGCUUUUAAUCAAUCAGAGAAGAGAACAACCUCAAAGUUUUUGUCGCCAUGCGUUGUUUUUUUUUUUUUUUUUUUGUUUUUUGUGAACACUAACUUACGUUGCUUACAAACCAGAAAGCAGAGACGCUAACUAAUUCGUGAAUGACUUAAGUAAUUAGCUAAGUAAGGUGGGAAAGCAGCCUUUAUUGGAAUGAUUUGUUGCCACGGCAACGAUAGAAUCAGGGAGGACGAUGAGCCGCGUGUGUGUGUGUGUGUGCCUGCGCGCGCGCGCGGUGACUUGUGACAUGAACCACAUUGGGGUUGUGUACAUAAACGUGUGUGUGUGUGUAUGUGUGUGUGUGGGUGACAAGUUUGAGUAAUAAUAAUUAUAUAAAUAAUAAUAAUAGAUGACGACAACCACGUGCACGCCACAGGGAUUGUACAUAGGAGCUCAGUAUUUGGCAGGAAGUAAGGAAAGAACAUAACAAAUUCUCAGUGGAUUUUGUUUUGGUUGUUUUUUGAAAUAAUUCUUUAUGGCUGUGUGUACAGUAUAAAGGUGUAGUUUGUUGACAAUGCACCAGAGGGCGCUGUGGGGCAGAAAAGGGACAGUUGGGCCUCGAUGAUGAUGAUGAUGAUGAUGAUGAUGGAGCGCACUUUUUACACACACACACACACCCACGCACACAAAGAUCAAUGCAAAGAUUCGAUCCGUCCACGUGCUUUUAUACUUUUUGACGUUAAACUUUUAGAUCAUGAAGUCAGCAAAUUGCUGAUUUGGGGUUUUAGUGACAAAUAGUGCAAAUUGUAAUAUUCCUAUUAUUAUUCAGUUAUGUUGCCCAAAGGUAUCAGUUCGCUUUUGUUGCAUGUCAAAUUAACCCGCCUGUUUUCAAAUUUUAAAACAUAUAUAUAUAUAUAUAUAUAUAUAUAUAUAUAUUUGUCCUUUAGUGAAAUUUUUGGGCGGGAUAAAACUUCUGUUGGCUUUACUUUUUUUUUUCAACACUCCCCCAUACAUGAUCAUAUAUAUAAAAAUGACAAGUGGCUAAAAGGGGGGGGAAAAAAAUUUCGAAUUUAUACAAUAUUUGCAAAUAUUAUACACUCAUUCCCACUGUAUUCCAUAUAUGACAUUACACACACACUUUAUAUGACCGGUCAGUCAUCAUUUUGAUGACAUCAUCCCCUUUCCCAUUGGGUUGAAUUUUUCUAAACGUAUUGCAUUCAAACCCAUUCGAAAUAGUUUUCUGUUGCCGUGACGACGCAGCUAGCAUCGAUUUAUUUUGACGAGGAUUUAUUGGGGAAAUGUGCGAUACGGUAUUUUUGCUGCGGUAAAUGAACAUUUUACAAUGGAUUUUCCGCGGCAUUCUCAUUGUCAUCAUGAUUACAGGAGUCUGCCUCAAGCCAUACGCGACAUGGAUGUUGUUACCCGUGCGCUUCCUUUAGGGGGCGCCGUAAUCACGAAAAGACAAUCAUUUUCAAACCCGCCCACCUUGCAAAGCUGUUUGAGUAUUUUUUCCCAUAUCCUCAAUAUGCAGCUUAAGGUGCAUGCACUAGUACAUUCUUUGUCCUCACUUGUAAGACAAUUCAGCGCACUAGUAGAAUGACUGUCUUUGUAGUAACAUGUUUUCCAUUACUAGUUUCACUUUAGACCUACUAGUAUGGAAUGAAACCUUACUAGUAAACUACUGUGUUGCUCUGGUAACACUACUAGACCCAGCUAGUAAGUAUGUGUCACACACUAGUAGCUUCCUGGAUCCUACUCGUCGCGCCAAAAUGCCCACUAAUAGUUUUGCCUCACUAGUAACAAAGUUUUCCAACUAGUGUGCACAAAUUACUAUAUACUAGUAGUGGAAAAAAAUAGUAGUAGUGCACCCUAGUCCUGGUAGUGCAUUGAAUUGUCUUACUAGGGAGGACAAAAAGUGUAGUAGUACUAGGACCUGAUACAAUAUCCUUGAGAUCCAACAUUAGGUCCAUCUACUAGUAUGCUCUUUGUCCUCACUCGUAAGACAAUUCUGCACACUAGUAGAACUACAUGUUACUAGUGAAGCAAAACAGUGCAUUAGUUGACAGCUGUGUGGUACCACUAUUACUAGUGACACUCUAAAAUUCUACUAGUUAACAUCUGGAGCUUCACUAGUAGCACUCAGGUGCCAACUAGUGCAGUUUUGCCUAACUUGUAACAUGUAGUUGUCCUACUGUUUGCCAAAGUUGUCCUACUAGUGCAGAAAUAUCAGUAGUAGUAGUGGGGGAAAAUGUUACUCGUAAGACCCAGUCAUGCUACUAGUGCACUGAAUCGUCUUAUUAGUGAGCACAUAGAGCAUACUAGUAAAUGGAUACAGAAUAAAUGCGCAAACGCCAUUCAUUCGGUAUCCUUGAUGUCGCACUAGUAGGGCAAAAGUUGCACUACCAGGGGCGCUAGCUGUUCCUACUAUUGCACUGAAUUGGCUUACUAGUGAGGACAAAGAACGUACUAGUACGUGGAUCCUAAGCUGGAUAUGAAGGAUUUCAAAUAAACGCUCAAGCGGCUUUCCAUCCGCGGGCCACCAAAGCUAACGCGCUCGCUUUCCGGUGUUCAUUUGUGCUGGUGACAGUCUGUUUUUUAUGGUGAUAUUAUUCUUAUAAUAAAUAUGAAUCAUCAGCAUCACGAUGAGGUCAUCGACACGAUGAAGACUUUCUUUGUGUAGCUUAGUUUAAUUUGAUGAAUAUCUAUAAAUACCUUUUUGUUUGUUCGUUUGGGGGAUUUUUUUGUGUGUGCGUGUGUUGUUGUUGUGUUCUGAAUAAACAUCGCACGAUUUUUUCGACGCACAAGUUAAGCGAGGAUGUCACUGCUGCAUGGAUCAAGAGCAAAGGGGAAUAAAAUGUAAUAUCAACACACCGUCGUCACACAUAAAUAUAUGAAAGUAAAAAUGAAGAAAAAAAAAUAGUAAAUAAAUCAUAGCUAAUAUAUUGUGUUGGGCUAGUCUGCUUUUUUUGUUGUAAAGAGACUUUUGUUGGAGAAUGAUAUACAAUUUGUGUAUAUUUUCAUAAAUAAAAGUAUGCACUGAUAUGUUAUUACAAAAUCUAUACUGCUUUUACAAAAACAGAGUGUUUGUUAUUGUACCAAAGUAUCUGAUGCUACCCUUCUUGCGCCCCCACCCUCGCUCCCCUUUUGCGUAUGUUUUACCGUAUUUUAUAUAUUAAAUAGACAAGUUGACCUAC